UAGGACCGAGUGACAAAGCCCUUCUCUAAUUCUCUUUCUCAAUUCUUAUUCACUUGACAAGUUGACAUUCAUUUGCAACCAACUCGGAGAGCGGGGAGGGCGACAACUUCAAAGCUCAACAGUUCCUUCUUCUCAAUCUUUCCCAAAUCUCUCUUCAACGCAGCAUGGCACAGUCUCUGCAACUCUUCACCGCCCCAAAUGGCUCCUUUUCCUCCGUCACCCACUCCGGCAAUACCCAUGCGCACCUUCCAAGUUCCAAGCUUUCCUUCUCCACACCUCCCAAUUCCUUCGCCCUCUCCCUCCGGCCCUCCACCUCAUCACUCCCGCGCCGUCACGUCUCAACUGCGGAUUGGAGCCCCACCUCCAUUGAGGUGGACGCCGUCACCGAGGCCGAGCUCAGGGAGAACGGCUUCCGCAGCACGCGCCGCAGGAUGAACGUGGCGCGGAUCAACAUGUGCCACGGAACGAGGGAGUGGCACAGGGAGGUGAUCCAGCGUGUGAGGCGCCUCAACGACGACAAGGGCUUCGCCGUCGCCAUCAUGAUGGAUACCGAAGGCAGCGAGAUCCACAUGGGUGAUCUCGGUGGUGCUUCCUCUGCCAAAGCUGAGGAUGGCGAGAUCUGGACCUUCAGCGUUAGAGCCUUUGAUUCUACUCUUCCAGAGCACACUGUCAACGUAAAUUAUGAGGGUUUUGCUGAAGAUGUCAAAGUUGGGGAUGAACUUCUAGUGGAUGGAGGUAUGGUGAGGUUUGAGGUGAUUGGAAAGAUAGGGCCAGAUGUCAAAUGCCUUUGUACUGAUCCUGGGUUGUUGCUCCCAAGAGCCAAUCUAACAUUCUGGAGGAAUGGGAGUCUAGUGCGAGAAAGGAAUUCCAUGCUUCCUACAAUUUCUUCUAAGGAUUGGUUAGAUAUCGAUUUUGGUAUUGCUGAGGGAGUUGAUUUCAUUGCUAUUUCUUUUGUCAAGUCUGCUGAAGUCAUUCACCAUCUUAGAAGCUAUAUUGCUGCACGGUCCCCCAAUAGUGAUGUUGCUCUAAUUGCAAAGAUAGAAAGUAUUGACUCAUUGAAGAACUUGGAGGAGAUCAUUCAAGCAUCAGAUGCAGCAAUGGUGGCAAGAGGAGACUUGGGUGCUCAGAUCCCUUUAGAACAGGUUCCAUCUGCGCAACAGAGGAUUGUUGAACUCUGCAGGCAGCUGAAUAAACCUGUCAUUGUUGCCUCUCAACUACUUGAGUCCAUGAUUGAAUACCCAACUCCUACAAGAGCUGAAGUAGCCGAUGUUUCUGAAGCAGUAAAGCAAGGAGCUGAUGCUUUGAUGCUUUCAGGUGAGUCAGCCAUGGGCCAAUACCCUGAGAAGGCACUGGCUGUUCUAAGGAGUGUUAGUUUGAGAAUUGAAAGAUGGUGGAGGGAACAAAAAUACCAUGAAACUAUUGAACAUCCAUCAAUCGGGACUUCUUUUUCAGAAAAUAUAUCUGAAGAAAUUUGCAAUUCAGCUGCAAAGAUGGCUAAUAAUUUGGAGGUGGACGCACUUUUUGUGUACACAAAGACAGGAUGCAUGGCAUCCCUGUUAUCGAGAUGCCGCCCGGACUGCCCAAUAUUCGCUUUCACAACCACACCAUCUGUGCGUAGGCGUCUAAACCUCCAAUGGGGCCUAAUUCCGUUUCGUCUGAGCUUCUCAGAUGAUAUGGAGAGCAAUCUCAAUAAAACCUUUUCACUUCUUAAGGCCAGAAAUUUGAUCAAAUCAGGGGAUCUUGUGAUAGCUGUCUCAGACAUGUUUCAGUCAAUACAAGUAAUGAAUGUUCCUUGAGGACAUGUUUCUGUUCUUCUGCAAAGACAAGAGGUAGCUCUAGAUUAUACAUUUUAUCACCAUUGGUUUAGUUUUGGAUGCUACUAGAUUAGUGUUUUCUCCUCCCCAUUGUUUUUUUCAUUGUCUUUCUCUUUCAUUUGCGUCUGUCUUGUUGCAACUGCAACUGAAUUUAUAUUCUUCUGCCUCAAGCCCCUAUAUCUGAUGUCAUUUUGGGGGUUACGAAAAAUACCUACGCGAGGCACUAGCAAUUUUGUUGCCUUUCUGGUAGCUUUUGUAUUUUGUUAAUUGUUAUACCGUGUUGUAUUAUUAGCUUUCAACUUCCAUACCCGGUUGUAAAAAUGUGAAGACGAACUUAUCAUAAUAUAACGUAUUGAGGUAUGGAUUUGGCAAAUUUCCAUCGUGAUUGCUUUCUUCUCUUCUUGAUUUCGUCUUAAAGGAAAGAACGUGAAGCAUACCUGCCAAUCAGAACAUCAUCCUCCUAUUUGUCGAAUCAAGGGAGCGAAAUAAAAUUAAGCCAUUUACCAUUCCAUUAUGAAGGAGGAAGCUGCUCAAGCAACAGUUAGGCCAAGUCAGCAAGGUACUUAGCAUGAGUUUGUUUUUGUGUCAGCUCAUUAGAGUUGUUAGGAUGUUAGUUUCAUCACGUGUUUAUUAAGAGAUGCUAGAGCCUUCAUGUACUACUAUGUUUAACGUGUAUCCGAGCUUAAACAAUGUAAUGCAAUCGUCAUUCUUACACUACUAUACUCUCGCUAA